CUGCCCAUUAAUACUUUUACGAACAUCCCGGUUUAAUAACCAAAAUAAUUUUCACAUUUAUUUCAAUAAUUUCAGUGUUUUUGCUUCUUUGAUUGAAUGAUUAUAUGAUACGCCUGUUCACUUUACAUGCUAAAGGCAAUUUUUAAAUAACCCAGACCAUUUUUACGACCUAAUUUAUUUUUACAACUUGACGAAGUUUUGUUGCAUGACGACACUCCAGGUAAUUUGUAAAAAUUCCCAGGCAGCCAAAUCUCUACCCUGUUGGAUUUUUCACCGGUAAACAUGAAGAAGAAAGAUCAGAAGAUAAAAAGACACCGUCAAAUGCGAAAGGGAGUAAAGAAGAGACAGGAAGAAACAGAUAUUGACCCCGAGAAUCCAGAGGAAAUCGAGACAUGCAUCCUGACGGAAGACAAAAGAUGUCGAAGCCUAGAGAAUCUACAACAUCACGACGAAGAAAGAAAAGAAAUGAGAAAAAUUGUGAGAAUGAACAGCAUUAGGAAGACUAAGAGCGUGGACGAUAUUUUACGUGAACAACUCGAUGAGGUAACAGAGGUCAUGCAGCAAAAUAUCAUAAAACUUCGGGAUCGGCAUGGCAGUCUAGACGAUCUUCUUGACAAAGCGAACAUACUGACUGGCUCGGCUGUAGAAUUCAAGAUCGUGAGUAAAAAGGUCAAACAGAAAGAGAAGUUGAGGAUGUGGAAGUAUCGUAUCCUGGCAGGAGUAGCAGUGGCGGUUGUUUGUGUGGUGUUGUUGGUGGUGGUGUUAGCGGUGGUAUUUACACAGCAAGACGAUAAAUCACCACCUCCCAAUAUUGUGUUGAUUUCUAACCUGAGUCGGAUUUCUGGCUCCUUAUAGCAACUACCUCAUUGUGUGUAUGCUUGUGUAGUGUGUGAGAUGUAAGAGAGUAUGUUUGUGAAAUGUCAAAAAGAUUGUUAACACAGAUUGUGACAAGAAAAAACUUAAUUGGUGGAUGUGUAUGUGAGCUUGUCACUUUUUUAAGCAAUGGUAUUUAAAAGCGCAACACCCCCCCCUAAAACCCCCACUAUAUACAUCAUAAUAGUGGGGUAUUUUUUGUGGAGCGAUUAUUUUG